AUGGCACUCCUAACACCCCAGGGAGUGAAAAAAGUUUUCCAAUUUCAGAAACCGGAAGGUCGGGAGCACCUCCGGAGACUGCUGAACUGGGAAGAGUUUGACGAGCUCAGAGACUCCCGCAGAAGCAUCCUGCUUGACACGCUCUAUGAAAGCAUCAUCUUCGCUGUGGGCAAAGGCUUCCCGUGGGUGGAGGUGGCCAAGGUGGUCAAGUUCACAGAAGAGCUGCUCAAGGAAACCAAAGGCUGCUCCAUCACCGAGGCUGUGACCAUCCUGGGAAACAAGCUCAGAGAUUAUCAGGGCCAGUUCAACACCACCCACCUCCUGGCCCUGUGCGACUACUUCUACAACACCUUCAUCUGUCACUACAAGCUCUACCAGUACGUCCUGGGCCAGGAACAGGACGUCAACCUGACCGUCAUGCACCUGGAGGUGUGUGCACCACCCCAGCCCCGCCCACUGGCUGAGGGCAAAGACAGGGAGAUCUGGAAGCAAGAGCAGCAGGUGGCAGAGCUCAGCGCAGCUGAGGUGCAGAAGCGGACAAACAUGCUGCUGCUUAAGGAGGAGCUGCGCCUGGAGCAAGAGCACCUGCGGCAGGAGACACUCUCCAAGCUGUCCCUGCAGAGGUGCCAGGCUCUGAAGAGAGAGGAGUUAGAAAAUCUCAUCAAUGAGGCCAUUCAUGUUCAGAUCGAGUGCCUGAAGGAGCUGCUGCAGUACGAGAUACAGAUAACCUUUGAUAUUUUGGACCUGAGACUUCAGAAGAAAACUCUCACCCUCAAUGCUCCCGUCCCCUCCCUGCUCCCCAUCACUAGCCAGCCAGGCCAAAACGAAGCUCUUAAGUCAUCCAAAGCAAACAAAGGGAAGAAAGAAAAAGCCAAGAAGAAGUAGAAGCCCCUGGAGUCCACUGUCUGAAGACUCUGAGGAAGAGCCAUAAACCAUUACGAAAGGAUUAUGCUCUGUGCUCCAUGCCCAGUACAUCAGAAAUUUCUAGUGAUUAAAAGAAACAAAGCCAACACUCAUCAUAUUUUCUCUGUCUCCUUUCUAGAAACCAUCUUUCACUAUCUGAAAAUCCAUUCCAAAUGGCCAUUCUGUAAGCCCAGGCAAACAUCACUAUUGACUAAGCCUGAGCCUGGACUACGAUGACAGAAUGGCCCCCAGAGGGUGUCAGCAGAUAAGCGAGAGGGUGACAGCCAGACACCGGGAAGGAGCUGUAGCCAGCAGAGUGGGGAGAAGAGGUGUGUGGACUCUGCUUCCUUUCUGAGGUGUGUGCAACGGGACCGACCACCUGCCUGUCAGGUCUCCUGCUGGAGGACACAGAGCCCAUGCCCCUGGAAAACUCUUGCUUCUGUGCAAAUCCACAUUGUUUGGGGUGAGACAGGGAAGCAGACGCUGUCAUAGAGGUCAGAGACCUGGCUUUGAAUCCAGCUCUGCUGCUGGUCAGCUGUGUGACCUUGCCCAUAUCCUUUCUAUCUCUGAGCCCCAGCUGGCUCUCCUGUCACAUGAUAGGCCUGCUGUCACAUCCUGAGAGGGAGGUGAAGCAAGGCUGGGUCCUCCCAGUUUUCAAGGCAUUCAAGGUUCAGGGAAGCGGAGCACCUGCUUGAAGCCACGCAGCAAGGCGGUGAAAGGAUCAGGACAGGAGCUCAGACUUGCUUCCUCCCCUGCAGCCCUGGACCUCGUGCAGAGAGCCUCACAAGCCCUUUGGUCGCUGGCUUAGCACAGCUAUGUCCCUGACAGGUAACCGUGGCCCUGGAGAUGAGGGCAGAAAUGACAGUACCACUCACUGCCUCUCAGCAGGCCGGUGACCCACAUUAUUUCCUCUGCCCACUGCCGUGUGGUCCUCGUGCCAUAGGCGGGACCACUGGGCAGUGCUCCCCUCUCCACACUCGGCUCUCCAGGGCCAACUAAGGUGUGCCUGGAGUCACGGGUUUCCAGGCAGAAUCAGCGCCUUCGGAGGUCAGGCUGGGUUUUUUUGUAGAGGGAGCAAGCCCUGGAGCCCUCUGGGAGAAGCCCAGGGGACAGGGGAUCCCCCAGUCCCAUGGUCCCCCUCCAGAUUUCCCUUCCCACCUUACCUCGAUGCCUCAGGGAAUGUGUGUCUUAUCCGAGAAGUUUGAUAAGCUUCCCAAUAGCUUUUUAGAUGUGGAAGGAGAUCCUAGGUUUUUCUUCAAUUUCUUCUUUUCUUUUUUUUUUGUCUUUUUUAUUUUUUGCAUUUUCUUGGGCCGCUCCCACGGCAUG